UCCCGGCAUGCCGCGCGCUGCUGACAGCCUUAUAAAUAGUCGCCUUUGCAGGCGGCCCGGCAGGACGGGUAGGGCACGCACUGGCCCCGGAGCCCACUCGCACCCCUCCCCCAGAGCGCUGACUCGGCUCCCCGGACCGCGGCAGGAUGGAAGAGAAGCUGAAGAAAAGCAAGAUCAUCUUUGUGGUGGGCGGGCCCGGCUCGGGGAAGGGCACCCAGUGUGAGAAGAUUGUCCAGAAGUACGGCUACACCCACCUCUCCACCGGGGACCUCCUGCGGGCCGAGGUCAGCUCGGGCUCGGCCAGGGGCAAGAUGCUGUCGGAAAUCAUGGAGAAGGGGCAGCUGGUGCCACUGGAGACAGUGUUGGACAUGCUCCGAGACGCCAUGGUGGCCAAAGUAGAUACUUCCAAAGGCUUCCUGAUCGACGGCUACCCCCGGGAGGUGAAGCAGGGGGAAGAGUUUGAGCGGAAGAUCGGACAGCCCACACUGCUGCUGUAUGUGGACGCGGGCCCUGAGACCAUGACCAAGCGGCUCCUGAAGCGCGGAGAGACCAGUGGGCGCGUGGACGACAACGAAGAGACCAUCAAGAAGCGGCUGGAGACCUACUACAAGGCCACAGAGCCCGUCAUUGCCUUCUACGAGAAACGUGGCAUCGUUCGCAAGGUCAAUGCCGAAGGCUCCGUGGACGAUGUCUUCUCGCAGGUGUGCACCCACUUGGACACCCUCAAGUAGCCAAGCUGGAGCCCCUUCCCCUGCUCAGAGCCCCGCCCUGCCCUCAUCCUGACUGGGCCCUCCCGGCCUGCGCUCAGCGCCGCCGCCCUGCCCGGCUGGAGCACAGGCAGAGGAAGCCACUUUAUCCUGUUUUCAUGGACAGCCGAACACUAAAGGAAUUUCCAAGGACAUUCGAUUUUACUCCUGUUUCUUUGCUUCCAUCAAGCUUCCAUCACGGGGUAUGGCCACCCCUGCCUUGGGGCUCCAGCCCCUCACCCUCCCGUUCCUCCUCGGGGGCCCUCAGCCCACCUCAGCCAGAGCCUCCCUCCUAGCUCAGCGUGCCAGGCCCUGGGCUGUGCCAGGCCUGGGGAUGCUGGGUGACCUGGGCGAAAUCCUGGCUCUUGGGGACUUGUGGCUGGGCAGAGCUGGGCCCUGGCCUGGGCUCCACUGCAUCCUUGCUGCAUGGCCUUGGCCCUGACCCCGCAUCUCUCUCUGAGUUUGCUCUCUGGCCCUAGCCCCCGUCGAGCACUGGGCUGUGGCAGGCAGCAUUGUCAUGGGCUGUGGGGGCUUCCUGGGCAGUGGAGUCGGCACCCAUCAGCUGAGUGGGCAGUGAAUUGCUUCCUUGGUGCAAGAAGCUCUGAGGGUCUGGAAGGUGCAUGGGGCUUGAAAGCGGCAUCAUGGUCAGAGGUGCCUCCCAAUGUGUGACCCUGGACAGGUCACAACGGGCCCUUCCCAAGCCCAUUCCCAAAUCUACACUAGGCUCCUCCCCCACGCCUGCCCCCAAAGUUAGGACGAGAACACACUGAGCUGGGGGGGGUGUUGUCAGUUACCACGGCCUGUGGGAUGAGAGACCAAGCAGCCUUGGCCGGGGGGCGGGGGGGGGGGGCAGUGGCGGAGGUGCUUUGCUUUGGGGUGGGUGCUCGAGAAUCCCGGGAAGAACCAUCUUGCCUCUUCUCUUUCACUCUCGGACCUCAUCAUGGAGAAAGUUUCCAUUGGUGCUCACGUGUCCCUAACCCCUGUCCCAAGCCCAGCUGGCUCCCUUUGAAGCCAAGAGGGCCUUCAGCGGGCCACCCUCAGCUGAAACAAAGUCCUGUGGGGGCCGAAGGUGCCCGUUGUGUGUCCCCUUCUACUUAUGGCAGGCGUGGCUGGUGUUCCAUUUACAGCAGUUAUUUCAACUUUCCUUUGAAAUAAACAUAUUUAAGUUA